AUGCUUUCCAGAUCAAUUCGCACCUUUGCAAGAAGAAUUCCAAAAAGACAAGUUCCAGCUAUCCGUUCAAUUGUCUCCGUAUCAAGAAUUAGACUACAAAGCGUCAAGUCAUCAGUCCCCACAAGAGUUUUUGCAGUCAACUACAGUUCUGCAACUCAACCAGAUGCAAAUGGCAAAGGAGAAUUGUUAAUUGAAUUUACAUGUAAUGUAUGUGAUAACAGAUCAUCACACAACAUGUCAAAACAAGCUUAUGAACACGGUACUGUCUUGAUACAAUGUCCUGAAUGCAAGAGCAGACAUUUGAUUGCUGAUCAUUUGGGAUUUAUCAGAGACGAAAAAUUUGACUUAAAGGACUAUAUUGAAAGUCAAGGAUCAAAAAUUGACAGCCGUGUUUUGGAAUUUGAAAAGAUUCCAUCAAACUUGGCUAGCUCCUCUGGACAAACUGCUGAGGAAGACACUCCUAAACAAGAAAAAGUAUUGGAUCUUGAAUCUCCCGAUGAUGAGGUGAUUAAAAAUAAGAAAAUCUAA